GAACAGUACUUUUCUAAUUUGUUCUUUGUUCAGAUUAUGCCUAUCAUGCUCAGCCUGGAGAUAAUUCCCACAGAGAACUGAUUAACUAGUGAGGCAGUUUCUCAUUACAUAAGGCAGCUGCUUUUUACACGAUAUAGGAUUAAGAAUUAAUGUAAGCCAGAGCAAACCUGGACACCUGGUUAAGAGCAAAGCUGGGUUCUGACUGAAAUUUUGGGCAUGUUGAAUAAAAAAUAUGCAGCAAAAGGCAAGGAAGCAAAGGUGGAGGAAAGAGGACACUGGGGCAAUAAAUUGGAGUUUCUCCUAGCUGUGGCAGGAAAUGUUGUCGGCCUGGGCAAUGUGUGGAGGUUUCCUUACCUCUGCUACAAAAAUGGAGGGGGUGCAUUCCUGGUGCCAUAUCUGGUAUUUGUGGUGACCUGUGGCGUACCAUUGUUCCUGCUUGAGACGAGCAUUGGCCAGUACACCCAGGAGGGCGCCAUCACUUGCUGGAGGAAGUUGUGCCCGUUGGCAGAAGGUAUCGGCUAUGGUGGGCAGGUGAUCCUCUUGUACACCUGUAUGACCUACAUCAUUCUUCUUUCCUGGGCUCUGCUCUACCUGGUGUUCUCCUUUAGUCCCCAGCUGCCAUGGGCCACCUGCAACAACUACUGGAACACAGAUGACUGUGUAGACUUUACAACACGAAAUAACACCUUUGAAUGGACCAACCAGACUGACACAACCUCUGCUGCCACAGAAUUCUGGGAACGACGAGUGCUGGCUAUCUCAGGGGGGAUUGAGCAGAUAGGCAGCAUCAGGUGGGAGGUGCUGUUGUGUCUAAUUGUUAUGUGGAUCAUCUGCUACUUUUGUAUCUGGAAAGGGGUCAGGUCUACAGGAAAGGUGGUGUACUUCACUGCUACCUUCCCCUAUGUGAUGUUGCUCAUUCUAUUGAUCCGUGGACUCUCUCUUCCUGGAGCUCUACAAGGAGUGCUGUUUUAUCUCCUGCCUGACCCCUCACAACUCACCAACCCUCACGUUUGGAUGGAGGCAGGGGCUCAGAUCUUCUUCUCAUACAGUGUGGGUGUGGGUUCCUUAACUGUGCUAGGCAGUUACAACACCUACAACAACAACUGCUAUAAAGACUGUCUCUGGCUGUGUUUACUGAACAGUAGCACCAGCGUGGUAGCUGGGUUUGCGGUCUUCUCUGUGCUGGGAUUCAUGGCUCAUGAGCAGGGUAUUCCCAUUGAAGAAGUGGCAGAGUCAGGUCCAGGCUUGGCGUUCAUUGCAUACCCUCAAGCUGUCGCCAUGAUGCCUCUUCCCCAACUGUGGUCCAUCUGUUUCUUUAUCAUGCUCAUUCUCUUGGGUCUGGACACACAAUUUGUUGCCAUGGAGGUGGUGAUGACAUCCAUCAUAGACAUGUUUCCCACAAAAAUGCGCAGGGCAGGCCGACGGGAACUUUUACUCCUCCUCUUCUGCCUCACAUGCUUCCUCUCUCAGCUUGUCAUGAUAACUGAAGGAGGGAUGUACGUGUUCCAGAUGUUUGACUACUACGCUUGUAAUGGAGCCUGCAUCCUCUUUCUCUGUGUGUUUGAGGCCCUGGCACUGGGGUGGCUCUUUGGGACAGAGCGGUUGUAUGACAUCAUAAAGGACAUGACAGGUGUGACUGCCAACCCGUUCUUUAAAGUCUGCUGGCGUUACCUCACUCCGCUGGUCUCACUGGGCUCUUUUAUAUCUUCUUUGGUUUGGUACCAGCCUCUGACCUUUAACCGCUGGUAUGUGUACCCAACCUGGGCGUACGUGGUAGGUUGGGUACUGGCCCUCUCCUCUAUUCUGACUGUGCCGGGUUGGGCGCUGUAUAAACUGGCAACCGGGAAUGGCAGUCUGAGUCAGCGUUUCCAUCAUCUGUGCCAAUCUGACCCUGGCUGCUCCUUGACCUUGAAAAGAGAAACCGAGCUGCAGAAGAUCUGUGGGGACGAUCCGCAUCAGUCCACUAUCAGUUGAUAUGAAGAUUACUUGAUUCUGAACUCUUUGUCAACUGUUACGUGUAAUGUUUAUGCAUCUCAUAACAAAAUCAAUUUCAAAAGGAGAAAAAACACAAAGUGCAGAACAUUUUCUGUUACCAUGGAGCUCAAAAGGAGAUAUAUGGAACAAAACUAUUUUCAUUGAUUUGAGGAGCAGGACACAGUCCUUUCAGGUUGCUCACAUGUGCAUCAAAACUCUUCAGUUUCCAUGGUGGCGGCUGGAUUAUUUGAAGUGAACUCACUGUAGACAAAUAUUAUGACAUGGCUCAAUUUGAAAAGAUUCAUAUGAUACACACACACACACACAAAAAAAGUAUGUUCUUUGUGUAUCGCUUUAUUUAAAUACCUUAAAAUUAUGACAAAUAUACACUGUAUAAACCACUUUCAAUUUAGGAAAUGUGUGCAUUGCUGGCAGAAGCACAAAGCACAAAGAAAUGGAAAACAGAAGAAGAAAAAAAAUCAUAAACAUACCACAUGCAUAUAACCACUUAAUCAACAUACUUCUAUACUUAAAACCGCCAAUCUCUCAAACUCACAAUGCAAACUGUUACUGUUUUCCAUCUUUGAAAUCAUCAAAACCAUCUACAGAUGAUCACAUGACGCCAACAAGUAGAGGCAAUGCGCAAAAAAAAAAAAAAAAAAA